AUGAGGCUAUCUGCUGUCGUGGUAUUGAUACUCAACUGUGCCGUCUCCGGAAGACAAAAUGAUCACAUCGGUAAUGGGGUUGCGAUGUUGUGGAAAGUUGAUCGUCCCGUUGCCGAACAAUGGUUCGCGUUCAUAAAUAGAAAGCCUAGGCAUGGUCGUCAUGAUAUAGCUUCAGUGGGCGCGGAAACAUUGUUGUCGAAGGCGAAGAAGCUCGAUCCUAAACUCGCUACCAGGUGGAUCCGAGUCCUAAUCCAAACGUCCGUCAGUGCAGCCCCAGAGUCUCGUAUACGGGCCAUGUGCAAUUGUCUUAUCUCACUGCUAAAUCGUAUGGGCGGAGUACCAUUACCGUAUGCAUAUUUCCUUGCGAGAGGCCCAGUAUCUAUAUUCUCCACUGCGAGUAGGAACCCUUCGCUGGUGAUUUGGCCGAAGUCUGCCAUAUACUGA